GAUGUUCUAUUUUAGUCAUAAAGCUCUUAGAGCAUCUGUCUAAAGUGAGUUUGACUUUCAUGAGACCUAAGCCCUGUUUAAUAAUAUUUGCAAGGAUAAUUCCUUACUUUAAGUUGAAAGAAAAGAUCUGAUUCCUCACCACUAUUUCUUGGGGUAUUUAUUUCUUUUAUUGGCAACUUUCUCCUCUUGUCUCUCCUGUCUAAUCGUAGAAUCAUGUAUAUAUAUAGACUUCACUACAGAAACAGUUCUAAUAAGACUUGCAACAUCCAAUAGUAUCAUUUUAGUCCGUAGAUAUCAAUGAGGCUUGAUUUAUCUUCCAAGCUUCGGCAAGUUCUUGGCCUCGCCAAGGAUCAUGCAUCUAUUGGCAGAGCUAUUGUACAAAACUACAAUGAAAAAGCGUUUUUUGACAUUGAAGUGGCAGUGGUUCGAGCCACCAGCCAUGAUGAUUGUCCUGUUGAUGACAAAACCAUGCACGAGAUACUCUUUCUUGUCUCUAACACCCCGGGCUCCAUUCCUUUUCUUGCUGAGCAGGUCUCACGCCGUCUAGCUAAGACAAGAGAUUGCUUAGUCGCCGGUAAAACUCUGUUACUUUUCCACCGUCUCUUGCGUGGUAGCAGUCGAAGUAUCGAGCAGCAAUUGCAUAUUGCACACACCUCUGGUCAUCUCCAAAUAGGUUGCUGCUGGUUCAUGAUGAGCUCAGAUCCUCCAUCCUUUGUUUUUCUGCAGAACUAUGUAGCUUAUCUCCAAGAAAGAGUUGGAUGGAUCAUCAACCAAGCUGGUAAGCUCGAACCUGUUAUGUCUGGUGGUACAAAAUUUAGUCGUUACAAAGAGAAGUCCAUGGAUCUGGUGUUCCACAUCUUACCGAAGUGCCAGGAGUUCAUUGCACAGGUGUUGAAGUGUUCACCGGUUCAUUAUGCCUGGCCUAUAGAUAACCUGGUUCAAGCAGCUACAGGCAACAUCUUGAAAGAGAGUUUCCAAGUCUACAUGACGUAUUCCGAUGGGAUAGCCGCACUGGUUAACAUGCUCUUUGAUCUCUCAAGACCCGCAAGAGAUUUAGCUUGCGGAAUGUUGAAGAAAGCUUCUCAGCAGAUUCAAGAUCUCCGAUAA